GUUUUCAAAGAUAAUUGCUGCAAAAGAGAAGUACUCAACCUGCAAGUAUUUUGUAAAAAUUCACCAACCUGCACUGCAAAAUUAUCUCUAGGGCGAUACCAGGAUCACCUGCAACAGUGUCUGUUUGAAACUGUACAGUGUACUAAUGAAGGCUGUCAUGAAAAAAUUCUUCUGAAGGAUUUGAAAGAACACCUUGCUGAACAAUGUAUCUUUCGAAAAGAACAGUGCCAGUAUUGUAAACAGCCUGUGAUAUCAGUUAAUUUAAAGACCCAUGAGAAAAUAGAUUGUCCAGAUUAUCCCUGGAUUUGUCCCUACGGCUGCAUGCAGAUGAUUCUGAUGAAAGAGGUAGAAGAUCAUGUCUUGGUAUGCCCUGAAAUGGAAAUCGAUUGUCCAUAUAAACAGUGUGGCUGUCCUACAAAG